UAUUGAAGAUACUUGGCCUCAAAAUCCACUUCUUCCCAUUGAUCCCAUUGAUAGAGCCAUGUCAAGAUUUUGGGUUAAAUUUGCUGGAGAUAAGGGACAUUGUAUUGGGACAAUAUACUACACAAUUGGAGAAAAGCAAGAAAAGGCCAUCAAAGAAACAAUAGAAAUGCUUACAAUUAUAGAGGAACAAGCUAUUGGAGAAGAAAAUAAAUUCUUUGGUGGUGACAAAAUUGGAAUUGUGGACUUGGCUUUUGGUAUAAUUCCUCAUUGGCUUGAAGUAAUUGAAGAUAUUGUUGGUGUGAAAUUGCUGAAACCUCACUCAUUUCCUCGUUUGCUCAAUUGGGUUCAGAAUUUCAAAGAAGAAACAGUCAUUAAAGAGAAUCUCCCUAAUCGUGAUGACAUGUUUGUGUUUUUUAAAAAUCAAAGAGAGAUGCUAUUGUGAUCUUCUUGAACUUUUACUUUGUUUACUUCUGUUUGAUAACUAUUGUAAAUACUUCUUUUUACUUCUCAUGUGUUUAUGAAGGUAAAAUUUGUUGAGAAAUA